AUGCAUAAUAUCUACUUCUUUAUAGUUAUUAGAGGAGCAUCUCCAGCACCACCACCUGAACCACUUCCAAAUAUUCUCUAUCAACUUCUUACAUCCGCGCCACCAUCACCAUUUCCUGAUGUAUUACCCAUGUCGGAUCGUGAUGCACGCGAUGGCUAUGUUCAUUUAGCUCGUGCAUUGAAUAUACUUCCGCUUGCAAUGAAAAAUUAUAAUUAUACACUUCAAUUAUGGGCCCUUAAAUUGAACUACAAAUGGAUGAGAGAAAAUCAAUAUGAUAUUCGUUGGGAAUGGGGUAGUAGUAACACAACAAUCUAUCCACAUCUCUAUGAUAAUACAACGAAACAAAUGUUACUUGAUAUGAAAACCUGGACGAGAAAAGACAAUGAAAAAUGGAACCAAACAUCUGUUGUCGAUGAUGAGUGGCUUACGGAUGGAAAUACUGGUAGUGCAGCCAGUUUCAAACUUGGAACAAUUGAACGAACUGUGUUUCAGCUACUAUGUGCUGCUUUGAGUUUUUAUUCCAUUUCUUUUUAA